UUUCUGGGCGGCGCCAGAGCCGGGAGGGGCGCGGUCUCUGCCCUGGCUUCCCUCCUCCAUACACACCCCACGGGCUAAGGCGGCCACGUCCCGCUACCCCAGGGGGGAGACUGCGCCCGGGUGUGUCCUCAGAGUCCCCAGACAUGAAUGAGGUGAAGAACCGGAAGAGGUCAGGGCCCAAGGGAGCCCCCGCGGAGCCCGGGAAGCGGAGCAACGGAGGGAAGAGCCCCGAGGCCCGGGGCGGUGGUGGCGGGAGUUGGGCCGACCCCCGCACGGGCUUGAGCCUGCUGUCGCUGGGAACCUGCCUGGGCCUGGCCUGGUUUGUAUUUCAGCAGUCGGAAAAAUUUGCAAAGGUGGAAAGGCAAUACCAGUUGCUGAAAAUAGAAAGCAAUGAGUUCCAAGGACUUCAAAGUAAAAUCAACUUGAUUUCAGAAAAGCUUGAGUCCACUGAAAGUAUCCUGCAGGACGUUACAUCAUCGGUGUCUUUGGUGACCCAGUUUGAGCAGGAAGUAUCUGGCCUCCAAAGUAUCAUGCAUGGCAUUCAAAAUAGUGAAGAGAUGCUCGCUCAGAAGAUGCAGAGCCUUCAAGAGAAAUUCCAGAAUGUUACAAGUUUCUGGAAGAGAAGCCUAGAAGAAAUGAAUGCUAAUACAGACAUUUUCAAAUCAGAAUCUAAACACAUACAUUCUCAAGUUACUGUCCAAAUUAACUCAGCUGAGCAAGGAAUAAAAUUGCUCACCGAAAGAUUGAAAGAUUUGGAAGAUAGCACACUGCGAAAUAUCAGAACAGUAAAAAGACAGGAAGAAGAAGAUCUUCAGCGAGUUGAGGAGCAGCUUGGCGCUGAUACAAAAGCAGUUGAGAAGUUAGCAGAGAAGCAGCAUGCUCUCCUUGCCAGAGACGAAGACCUGACGAAUAAACUUGCUAACUAUGAGCCCAAAGUUGAAGAAUGCAAGACACAUUUGCCAACAAUUGAAAGUGCUAUUCGCUCUGUUCUCAAAGUCUCUCAGGACCUAAUAGGGACAGAAAAGAAAAUGGAAGAGUUGACCACUCAGAUGUUUAACAUGGAAGAUGAUAUGCUGAAAACAGUGUCUGAAAUAAUGGAGAUGCAGAAAACCCUUGAAGGAAUUCAGUAUGAUAAUAGUAUAUUAAAGAUGCAAAAUGAACUGGAUGUUCUGAAAGGAAAAGUUCAUGAUUUUAUAGUAUAUUCAAGCACAAGAGAAAAGGGAGCUAUAGAAGAAUAUAAUCUAGAAAAUAAAGAAAUCCAUGGUGAUUUUUGAAUUUACUACUUUGAUUUUGAUGACUGACACUACUACACAUACAUUUGAAGUGUUUUCAUAAACUUUACUUUGACCUCCAUUACGGGAAAGUCCACACAAAUGAUCCAGAUGAUCAAAACUUAUAUUUGUAAACACUAGCUAGUAUUUCAUUUUAACUAUUUUAAAUAAACUUUCUGAAACACAUCUUUGCUUUUUUAAAGCAAAGUAUCUAAUAUUUUAAAAUAUUUUUCUAAUAUCAUUGGAAAUCAUUAUGAGUUUCACCUCUGACAUUGCACCCAAGUAUGUUACUGUGUCUAGGAGCUACUGAGGAGUGUUGACCAUUUCACUGAAUGACUCCAGUUUGUUAUUUGUCCAACCUUAUGUCCAUUUCUUAUGCCUUUUCUGCCAUCCAGGUUGGUGGUGAUGUGUCUGUCUCACUUUAGAGCAGGCUAAAAUCCAGACAACCAAGUUCAUCAGAAUCUUGUAUAAAAUGAAAAGUAAUACACCUGAGGAAGAACCUAGGAUGUUUUGCUAUAAAUACACACUUUUUUAUAACUACAGUGUCUGGGAAAUAUUUUUAUUUUUUGCUAAGGUUCUAAACUGAAUUACAGUGAGAAUGUUUAAAAAAAAAGGGUGAGGCCCUCCCUGGUGGUGCAACAGGUUAAAGCACAGCACUAUGGAGC